AUGAAACAGUUUACCAAAGCGGCCAUCAGAACACAACCGAAAGACCCUUUGGAAUGGUCAUACGAGUUAGAAACUAAAUAACCAUUUACAGUAGUGGAAUGUGUUCCACCAUAUAGGUACUUUAGAGCGCUGGCGAACAAAGAUGUUCCACCCGUCAAAGAAAGACUUGAGAUGCCAAUAAGUUCUCAGAAAAAUGAUACCGGACUCACGCCUGGCAUGCUUAGGAUAUUAAACAACCAGGUUCGUGCGUAUAUGCAACAACCACUAGCGAUCUGUGUCAUUCGAUCUUUAUGCGCUGACAGCAUAGCUCAUCAUGACAAGGAAAGCUGUGUUUGCCUAUUAUACUGAGCCUUUGCAUGUCGGGAUUCUAAGUCUUUGGCUGAUACUGGAAAUUGUCGUCACUGACUUAAAAUUCCGGCAUGCAAAUGUUCAGCAUAAUUGUCAAGCAUUGCGUUCCUUGUCAUACAUUGCUACCUAAGCACCAGUCUAUAGGCUGCUGCUUAAACUGCAAUAUAUUUGUAAAUGAACGACCGCAAUAAAAACACGUUAAACUGAUGAUAUUUACAAGUCUACUCAAUCCUUAUAUAAAUUGUGCUUUAACGUUUAUGUUAUUUUUGUGAUUUGAAUGACAAAUCGAUAUUUGGUUUCCCAAAACAUGUAAUAUUGCUAUCAAAAUUCGUGCAAAAUAUCAUGGUACCAUGUCAUUUAUGUGUUUCAUUUUGACACAGUUGUUAUUCACAUUAGACCAGAAGGAGAAUAUGCUUUCCACUGGAAUGAAAUACAAUCAUGCUGAUUUAAACUACCUAGACUCCCUUGCGAGCUUGGCGUCCGUCAUGUUAACAGUACACCGUACAGAUUGUCAAAGAUUUAUAACAAUAAGCAGUAUUAUGUAGGCCUAAAGAUAUUGGAAUCAUAUUUCAAAACUAUCCCAUGAUAAAGGGCAAGCAUUUAAAAAUGAACAUAGACGUUAUCAUUCUCCCCGAAGACAAAGAAAGCUUAACUGCGCUAUUGAAAAAAUCAGACUACAGUGAAAUAUUGUCAUCAUUAGAAGAUAGAUCAAAUUUUAAGCCUCUUUCUAAUACCUUACCAAGGGAGAGAGUUAUUUACUGACUAAAUGCUGAAGCAUCUUACAGAGAAGGAAAACUGUUGGAUAUUGCGAAAUCUGUGAGAAGAUCCGAACUAACCAUUGCCAAGAUUUACGGUGUGACCAAAGUUCACAAACUUAACGUUACACUGCAAAUGAUAGUUUCAUUAGUCGGUGCACCCAAUGACAACAUUUUCAACUGGCUACCCGACGAAACUCCACCCACUUACAAGAGAUGGUGAAACUUCCACUCAGAAUUCUAUGGAGCUUCUGGAGAAACUGAGAACAAUCGCAAUUUCACUCAUAAGCUAAUGGUCUCUUUAGAUGUCUUUCUUUUAUGCACAUCCAUACCACUAGAUUUAGCUAGGCAAUGAACAGAUGACCUAAAGUCCUGUGACACGGAUUGUCUCACAAGUGCCUUACUUAAACUCGUGAAGCUUUGUUUAGAAACCAAUUUUUUCGUUUGACCACCAAUACUACCAACAACUAAAAGGGACUCGGAUGGGAUCAUCUAUAUCUAGCUUUCCUAUCAAGGUAAAAAUGCAACAGCUAGAACCUACGGAUAUUCCACUAGUUAGCCUCCAGUUUUGAGUAUAUUAUGUGGACGACACGUUUGCUGUCGUUAAAAAACCAGCUGAGAACGCCCCAAAACGGUGCCAUCUCAGUCAUUUCAGGAGUUAGACUGUCACAUGAGGGAGAAGUCAAAUAUAAACUCGGAUUUCUGGAUGUUCUUGCGCAACGUAAAACUAAAAGAACAUUACUCACUUGCGUUUUUUGCAAAAAACAUGGGCACACUAAACUAUGAGAGCAACAGCCCAAUUUUUAAAGGCGGAGCACUGUUUACAGUCUGCCACAUGAAGCAAUAACAAAUUGCUCCGACAAAGAAAGCUACCGAGUCUGACCAAAUUAUCUGCUCGAAUUAUUCUGUUGAAGUGAUCACCCUGGAGAUUUUGCACGUCGAUGCUUGAAUCAGCACGAGCCGAAAGAAAUGAAACUAAGUAGUUCCCAAUCAAGCGCCCAGAGCAAGUACUUGGCAAAUCCUUCCUUGCAUUAUAUGUUUAAAUUCGUUGAAAGACACUUGGGGAAACAUCAAAUAGAAAUGGAGCGCAGACCGACGGCUACUCUGCGCACUCAGCUUGUACACCGGUAAGAUAAUGUUGGUUAGCUUGAUAAGAAAGGAGUGGUCUACAAGACCCCAUGCGAUGCCUGUAACGUCGUGUAUUGUGGUCAGAUGGGAAAAUCUGCCACUGCAUGCAUCCACGAACGGUACUUGGCAGUUGAGAGGCGAGACCAUCUGUCUCAAAUGGUUACGCAUGCACUUGAUACCGUAUACGCAUGCGCCUGGGACUAAAUUCGCAUCGUCGGAGUUUGUCUCUUCAAGAACGUCGGGAGUUCUGUGAAUCCAUGCACCCCGGUGAGUCAUGCAUCGGUCAGUAAAUUGAUUUAGAUGCUGUGUACAAAAAUCAGGAAAAAACGUAAGAGACAAAGACUAUUCAUACAGAAUGACUUACGUGGCGGCCGAUUGCUAGUACAAACACUGAAUUAGUAUUGUUUUUAAGCACAUUUUAAAUUUUAACUGUUUUUGUACAUUUACCCAAGUCUGAGGAUGGGCUAGGGAACCAUUGUUUAACAUACACUUAAUAAAGUUUUCUACUUCUCCCAAAGAACGCACUUACCCUCAAAAGCCUCGUGUAUAUUUUAGCUAGGAACGACAGACAAAAAGUCAGCUGGUAGAGUACUUCAGUGUAAGGUUGAAGAGAAGUGGCUUGCAUUGGCGUUGCCUCUGGAGCGCUUGCAAGAAAUCUGGCGUAUCGGCAACUUCGGGCAAGACGUCAAGUGGCUUCACUUCCUCUCACUCGCGGCAACACAAAUUGCACCGGUAAUUUAAAAGCGUUCACUGCUUUAUUAUUGUUAUCCAUGCAUAAAGUUACAGUUAUUUCUUAAAUGUACGCUAAUGCGCUUGUUAGUCUCUUAUCCAGCCUCAACUUUACUGAGCUUCCUUUGCCAUCUUUCAGUCUUUGGCCCAGACACUCUGCCUCCUGUGCGAACUUUUGACAUCUGAAAAAGACAACGCGUCGCCGCCCAUUUCUUUUGACCUCUUCUGUGAGAUCUACCGCUACUUGGGCUCGGUUGAUCCAAACUUACCAACUGAACACAUAGAACAAAUUAUUCAAAACCUGACUUUCGAAGCGUAAGUCAGAAAAUUCUCUCUCGUAUUUUCAUUCACAUCUCAUAAACCCUAGCAAAUUUUCCUUCCUUUGCGUGUAAACAAAGUUUAUUUCAACGCAUCACUAUUCGGACUAAUAAUUGCAAGAGGAGGAAUGCUUAAAGGGAGCAAGGGUCUUACCGAAACAAUUAGAACACUUCAAUAGUUAUUCUUGACUCUGUUAUUGUUUCAGCGCAACUGUACUUCGGAGCUUUGGCUGCUGAGCAUGACCUCAAGUCCCUAAAUUUGAAGCAAACUGCCUCAUAAUUGUUCGGUCAGCAUUCAUUUGCAAUGCAUGUCUUAUAUGCCAUGUAAAGCAAAGUGUUAAGUCGACACUUAGCCCCUAUAAAAGGCAUACUGUUAUACGAAUCCAAAACUACGAUUUGGAACCAGAGGCUCGUCAUCAUGCUAGUGACUGUGAGUAAACAGGUUGCCUCUUAAUCAUCACGCAGUAUGGACUUUGUUACUGCUGGCAAAUGAGUCCGAGUUCUCUCAUGUUCUCGCUAGAUGGAAUGAAAUGUGGUUAAAUCCAUAAAUUUAUUCCACAUAUUUUAGUUAGAAACAUUUAAAAGUGGUCAUUGGCGGGCUACCGACGCCGGUUGAAAACGCCCGAUAGCCAUUACACUUCCCUGUAGUUAGAGUGCGUGGAUCUUUAUACUGCGUUAUUUUACGGGCAGCACUUACAACGCGUUGUAAGCAGAAAUCACCCAAAAGUGGGAGCAGUUGAAUUAAGUUCAAAAAUACCGAAAUCAACUAACAACUCCUCCUUGGAACCAAAGGUUUACUUCAGCGAGUUUCCGAUACGUAUAAGUACGAGAGAGCCAGUUCUUACAUCAUGACCUGGCAUCUUUUAAUUGAUAAUGGCUCUAUAUAGCCGUCUAAAUGUCUCUCGAAAAGCCUUCUUUAUUUAAGAAGUCAACUUUUGACGCCAUCAUCAGCAGUUAUAUGGAGUAAAACGGUCUAGGAAAACCCUCAAAAUACUUGUAUUUUCACGAACCAUAUAAAAUAAAAUCCAACUUCCAUUACUUUAAACUGUAUAUCGUCUGAAGUUUAGGUAAAAAUGUCAUCACACAUUCUUACCAUCCCACUGUGCGCGUUCUUUCCGAAGGUACUACAGUGGAUGUUUGCAAUUUUCUACGGAAAAGCGCCUCAAGCCUAUUAAAUUCCCGAAAUAUUUUUAAAACAAUUGACAUGGUUUGUGAACAGGUUCUACAGAACUCUGGAUAUAAAUCUGCGCACAUCGAAUAGGAUCUAUGAAACUAAUAAGCAUUUUCCAGAACAGACUUAUUGCCUUUUAGUCAGUAAGCAUCGAGGCGGUAAGAUAUAAUAAGAGGCAGCCAUAAAAUUAACCAUUUUUCGGAAAACUGAGCAAGCCACUGAUAGUUUGCAAAAAAUAAUGCCGAACCUACGCAUUAUUUGUACAGUGAAAUUCAUCCACAGAGACCUCAUGGGUUUCAAGCAAAAAUUGACUUGCUGUGGUCUUUGACUUUAUCCAUAAAUUUCCUAUGUGGUUUCUCUUGCCAGUUAUUUUUUUAAGAAAAGUCUAUACCUACCAACUCCACUUUUUUAAGGAAAGCGUUUUUAAAUAAAGCGAUUUAUUGGCCAGAAUUUUUCCUAUAUUUAAGGAGCAUUACCAUAUGGCCGUUAAUAGGAGUGAUUAGUCCCAGCAGUUAUGUUUGCUAUUCAGCUACAACUAAUCAGUCGUAGAAUCUCUUCGAGAGACCCUGAGAAAGGUUUCAUUUGUUUUUUGACGACUGGACAGGAGAACAUUUAUGAUUGGUGAAAAGUGAUAUUUUCGAAAAUCAAGUGUAAAAUGUGGCUAUCGAGGGCUAUUUAAUGGCCGGCAUGUAUUCAUGGAGCUGCAGAUUCCUUGAUCGGAUGAUACUUCGUUUUUGGAUUUGUUUAGCCAUAACGUCCAGAAAAUAUAUGCACGAAGUAUUGAAGUCCUAGACACCUUCUUGUCCCAUGUCCCCAAUCGAACUCAAAGUUCAGGAACUCGCGGCUACUGCCUGUGACUUGGACACUGGCGUCCUAGAUACUUCCACUUAACUUUGAUAAAACGAUCCCAGAAACUACCGGAGUACAAUUACUGUUAAUAUUCAUAGAUCAAUUGAGAAAAAAACUAUAUUUGACCUAAAAGUCACUACGGAUGACGUCUAAUAGUAUUUAGGACACUAACACCCUUUUGUACCUGACAAACAGUUUUUGGCCAAGGAUACGUAAACGAACAUCUUUCUCGGUUGCUAAGUCCGAUCGGUAGUGUUACUCUUCGUUACCCUGCAAGAGUGUGCGCAUUGUUAUCGCCUGGAGGAUGCCUUUAGUUUGCACUGAGAAACCUCGAAUUCAAGUCCUUGUGUUGACGGAAAAUAGUGAUGUUCCAGACCUAAAAUAUAAGUGUCGUUUAUACAGUGCAAGUGAAACGGUGGAUUAAAGCGAAAUGCCCACCUGUCUCCGGAAGUGCUGGAGGCCUCUGUGAUGGCGGAUCCAUUCAAACGAACGUGACCGAGAUCGCAGCCAUAAAGUCCUUAAUUUAGACGAAAAAACUUUCUCGGCAAUGACUGUCGUGCGUCUACCACAAAAAUGUCGCGAAAACUGCAAUCAACUAUAAGACAGGAAGCGCGACACCUGCGUACGCACUUUCACAUAAAGUUCUAAACAUUUGCGUUCUGUCAGUAACACCGGGAGAGGUGUUGUUGUGGUUUAACGAUUCAUGCUAUGCUUCCUCAAAGGUUGUUGUAUACUACGGACAACUCGUAGCAUAAAUUGGGCUUAAAUGUAACAGUCGUCCUAAUCACCGUCGAUGGCGGCGGCUGCAGUCGUAGGUGAUCGAGUGUCAUCUGAAUGUGUGGAGACUACACCUCAAGUAUCACGUGGGAACGCAUGCAGUCCAUUUGGGGCACAUCUUCAGCCUUGAAACCAUCGGGACGGUGGACUGAGGUGAAGAUCUCAACGGUAGAAACGUGGCUGUCAAACGAUGACCCAGCCUGCUACCACACUGACCUGACUAAAUGUGCACCAGGGGUACGGCUUCCUCCUCGACUCAUACCGCCAUGGGCAAUGGAAAUGCGGAUGGCACUUUAGCAGAAAAUCAUGGUUAAUAAUUCCAUCCCACUCUAAAAUCUCUGAUGGUUUUGAGUGUGCUCUGCACUAUUCUGUGAGCAGAACCUGGUCUCUCCAUGGGGAAACGGGUUAUGGGGUCUGUUUCAAAAAAUAUGCGGAGCAAGCAGUUUGGAAACCAUGAGGAAAAGCGUAUGCGGAUUUUGUUUCUAAGUAUGGAGGUUCUAGUGGUUCUUUGAAAAACUAAACCGUUCUUCCCUUCCCUUGAAUGUCAUAUUUGAGAAACCUCUAGUUUUCGUAAAUCGGAUAUAUAUAAAGUUAUUUUGUGUCCAUUUUCCAUCAGAUGUGACUGACCACAUAACGGCAUCGGAAACCCGGCUGAAAAUUCGGUCUAUUUAAGUGGUGGUUCUUUCCAACGACAGUUAACGCUGUCGAUUAAAGUCUUCUAAUUCAGAGGCUCGAAUGAUACCGAGUAAGAAAUAAUUUGAGGCCGUGCUCCCAGAUGUUAUUUCGAUGACCUCAUCUGCUUAAUGCUUUGCGUUAAAGUGCGUUUUAAACAAUUUUUAUGUUUCACGAAUUUUGUGCGCAUCGGCUAAGUCACUUUGUUGCAGACCUCAUUUUCAUUGUAACUUAUCGCAGACGUAAAACUCCAAAGUUGGGACAGACAGCAAUUCAGAACGAAUAAACUGUGCAAGAUCACAGAGGUUCCGCCACUAAAACAAUGUUCAUCUAAGCGUUAGUGCUUUAUUUUUGAGAAACCUGUUGUUUAUUAGGAUUAUAUGAUCAAAACGUUUUAAUAUCCUGUCUCACUCUACUCAUCAGCUUUAAAUACGAAAACUGAAAUACUAGCAGACGCAAAUGCAUCGUAAAUUAUUUUUUGAAAAUUUUAGGCAGCAACAUUGUGGCCGCAUAUCAAAGCGAGAGUUUCUGCGCUUCAACGUGCACCCGAACCAAUGCAACAUUUGA